AUGUCACAAACUUUAAAGAAAAGAAGUGGUGGUGCAACAAAUGGGAAGAGAUCUACUUCCACUUAUAAUUCCCAUAUCGAAUUCGAUAACGAUAAGAAAGAAGGUUUCGAAUUGGAUAAAAUUGUCCCACCAAAAGAACCAGAUUCCAAAUAUUGGAUCGCAUUAGGUUUAGUCACCCUUCUAGCAAUUUAUACUAGAUUUACUAAAUUGGGAACUCCAAAUAAAGUUGUUUUCGAUGAAGUUCAUUUUGGUAAAUUUGCUUCUUAUUAUUUGGAAGGAACUUAUUUCUUUGAUUUACAUCCACCUUUUGCAAAAUUAUUGAUUGCAUUUGUUGGUUGGUUAGUUGGAUACAAUGGUAAGUUUAAAUUCGAUGCCAUUGGUGAUUCUUAUAUUGAAAAUAAUGUUCCUUACAUUGCGUACAGAUCUUUACUGGCCAUUCAAGGUACUGUUACUAUCCCAAUUAUGUUUUUGACCAUGAAAACUUUGGGUUUUGGUGUUGCAGCUUGUUUGUUCUCAAGUAUUAUUGUUUGUUUUGACAAUGCUCAAGUUACCGAUUCUAGAUUGAUUUUAUUAGAUGCUACUUUGAUUCUUAGUGUUGCUGCCACCAUGUUCUGUUAUGCUAAGUUUUCAACUUAUAGAAAAGAAUCAUUUUCUAGAAACUGGUGGACUUGGUUAUUAGCUACUGGUGUUUCAUUGUCCUGUGUUAUUUCUACCAAAUAUGUUGGUGUUUUCACUUACCUUACAAUUGGUAUUGCUGUAGUACACGAAUUAUGGAUUUUGUUGGAUUACAGAAAAGGUUUGACUUUGCAAGAAUUUAUUAAGCACUUUUUGGCCAGAUUAUGGGCUCUUAUUAUUGUUCCAUUCUGUAUUUAUUUGUACUGGUUCUACUUGCAUUUUGCCAUUUUGAACAAAUCUGGUCCAGGUGAUGCUUUCAUGUCCAGUGAAUUCCAAGAAACUUUAUUGGAAUCCCCAUUAGCAGCUCAUUCUAAACAAGUCCAAUACUAUGAUCAAAUCACUAUCAAACACAAAGACACCGGUGCUUUCUUGCAUUCCCAUCAACAUGUCUACCCAUUGCGUUACGAAGAUGGUAGAGUUUCUUCCAAUAGCCAACAAGUUACUUGUGUUAAACAAGACAAUGCUUUUGAAGAUGCAAAUAACCAAUGGGAAAUUGUUCCAACCGUUGAAGGUGCUGGUAAAAACACCAAGGUUUUCACUAAUGAUGUUGUCAGAUUUAGACACAUUGGUACUGGUGGUUACUUGUUAACUCACGAUGUUGCCUCUCCAUUAAAACCAACCAAUGAAGAAUUCACUAUUGUUUAUGAUGAUGUUGCCGCUCAACGUUACAAUGAAACUUUGUUCAGAUUGAGAUUGCAAGUUCCAGGAUCUAAUCCAAAGAAGGAAAAACAAAGAAGAGAAGUCAAGACUUUAGCUACUGAAAUGAGAAUUUUACAUGUUGACACCAUGGUUGCUAUGUGGACUCAUGAUGAUGAAUUAUUGCCAGAAUGGGGUUUUAAACAACAAGAAGUUAGUGGUAACAAGAAAAUUCCAGAAAAGGAAAACAUUUGGACUAUUGACCAAAUCACCAACUUGCAACCUAAUGAUCCAAGAUCCCAAUAUGUUCCAAAGAAAGUCAAGACUUUACCAUUCUUGAGAAAAUGGUGGGAAUUACAAUUCUUGAUGUUCCGUCACAACAAUCAAUUGUCAUCAGAACAUCCAUUUGCUUCUCAACCAAACGAAUGGCCAUUGGCAUUAAGUGGUGUUUCAUUCUAUAAUGAUAAUGUUGAAAAGAGACAAAUCUUUUUUAUUGGUAACAUUCCUGGUUUCUGGUUAGAAGUUUGUUUCUUGUCCAUUUAUCUCGGUAUUCUUUUGGCUGAUCAAGUUACUCGCCGUCGUAACUACCACAUUUUGAGCAACAGAGCUAGAUCAAGAUUGUACAAUACUUUGGGAUUCUUAUUCAUUGGUUGGAGUGCUCAUUACUUCCCAUUCUAUUUGAUGAACCGUCAAAAAUUCUUGCAUCAUUAUUUGCCAGCUCAUUUGGUUGCAGCUUUGUUUUCUGGUGGUUUAGUAGAAUUCAUUUGUUCCAACAACUCUGCUAAAGCCAAUGGCAAACCAGUCGGUGUUAACAAGGUCAAGAUGAUUGCUGUUGUUUCAGUUUGUUCAACCGUGAUCAUCUGGUUCUUCUUCCAUUUUAGAGCUCUUACUUAUGGUGAUGCUUUCUUGUCACCAGAAGAAAUCCGUUCAAGACAAUGGUUUGACAUUAAAUUACAUUACGGAAAGUAA